UCGGGAUCGCGAUCACCGCCUGUGGGGCGGGGGGAUGAGGGCCCUCGGGGCAGGGUGACCAUGGCUGGAGCCUCUGUGACCGUGGCUGUCCGGGUCCGGCCGUUCAACGCCCGUGAGACCCAGCGCCAGGCCAAGUGCGUGAUCCAGAUGUGUGGCAACACCACGUGCAUCACCAACCCCAAGCUCCCCAAUGACAGCACCAAGAGCUUCACCUUCGACUACUCCUUCUGGUCGCACACCUCGGAGGAGGACCCGCACUUCGCCUCCCAGCACCGCGUGUAUGAGGCCAUCGGAGCAGAGCUGCUGCUCCACGCCUUCCGCGGCUACAACGUCUGCGUGCUGGCCUACGGACAGACCGGCGCCGGCAAGUCCUACACCAUGAUGGGCCGUGCGGAGCCGGGGCAGCGCGGCCUCAUCCCGCAGCUUUGUGAGGAUCUGUUUGCCCGCGUCGCAAAGGAGGGGUCCUCCGAGGUGUCCUUCUCGGUGGAGGUCAGUUACAUGGAGAUCUAUUGCGAGCGGGUUCGGGACCUGCUCACCCCGCGCGGGCGGGGGGGGCUGCGGGUGCGCGAGCACCCCCUGCUGGGCCCCUACGUGCAGGACCUGUCGCGCCUGGCGGUGACGUCCCUCGGCGACAUCGCCGAGCUGCUGGACAGCGGCAACAAGGCGCGGACGGUGGCGGCCACAGCCAUGAACGCAUCGAGCAGCCGGUCCCACGCGGUGCUGAGCAUCGUCCUGAGCCAGCGGCGCCGCGACCCGCUCAGCCAGCUUUGCAGUGAGAAGGUCAGCCGCAUCAGCCUGGUGGACCUGGCAGGCAGUGAACGUGCCGACCACGCCGGGACCUCAGGGACGCGCCUUAAGGAGGGUGCCAACAUCAACAAGUCCCUGACCACGCUAGGCAAAGUCAUCUCUGCCCUGGCCGAGGCGCAAAACAAGAAGAAGAAGCCUGAUUUCAUCCCCUACCGCGACUCGGUGCUGACCUGGCUGCUGAAGGAGAACCUGGGAGGCAAUUCCCGCACUGCCAUGAUCGCGGCACUGAGCCCGGCUGACAUCAACUAUGAGGAGACGCUGAGCACCCUGAGGUACGCGGACCGGACGCGGCACAUCCGGUGCCACGCGGUGGUGAACGAGGACCCGAACGCGCGCCUCAUCCGCGAGCUGCGGCGGGAGGUGGCGCGGCUGCGGGAACUGCUCCGCGCGCAGGGCCCGCCCCGCACCGGGCCCAACCACGAGCCCCCCGCUGAACCCCCCCCUGCCGAGCAGCCCCUUCCCGCCGCCGUCAAUGGGGCCACGGAGCCGCUGCCUGCUCUCAGCGCUGUGGAGGCGAUGGAGAGGCUGCAGGAGACGGAGAAGAUCAUAGCAGACCUGAACGAAACCUGGGAGCAGAAGCUGCGUCGGACGGAGGCGCUGCGGCUGGAGCGGGAGGCGCUGUUGGCCGAGAUGGGCGUAGCGCUGCGGGAGGACGGCGGCACCGUUGGGGUCUUCACACCUAAAAAGGCGAGUCCCGGGGGGAACAUCCCCACCCCCCUACCAAAGGCUUAUUUUUGGGGUUUCCCCCCCCUAAAGACCCCGCAUUUGGUGAACCUCAAUGAGGACCCCCUGAUGUCCGAGUGCCUCCUGUACCACAUCAAGGAUGGGGUCACCAGAGUGGGUCGAGUGAACGUGGACAUCAAGCUCUCAGGACCCCUCAUUGAGGAGCAGCAUUGCCUGUUCCGCAGCCAGCCCGGCCCAACGGGUGAAGUGGUGGUGACGCUGGAGCCGUGUGAGGGAGCUGAGACCUAUGUCAAUGGGCAGCGGGUGACAGAGCCCGUGGUGCUCCAAUCAGGAAGCCGCCUGGUGCUGGGCCAGAGCCACGUCUUCCGCUUCACGCACCCUGAGCAGGCGCGGCGCCAGCGGGAGCAGGACAGGGAGCGGGAGCGGAGCCAGGGCCCCCCCGAGACCCCCCCGGACUGGAGCCAGGCACAGCGGGAGCUGCUGGAGCUGCAGGGCAUUGACGUGCGGCCAGGGGGGAUCCCCAGGCUGCAGGACCCAGAGAACCGGCACCAGGGAGAGGAGGAAACAGCUGAGGAGCAGCGAGAGGCCGUGCCCCCCUCCUCGCGUCGCACUGGGAGGCGCCGGGAGCCGCUCCGGGUUUACCAGAUCCCGCAGCGCCGGGCGCUGACGCCGGAGCCGCCGCAGAACCGGGGGACCCCGGGGGACACCGAGGACGCCGGUGGUGCCGGUGCAGAGGUGGCCGGGCUGCGCGCGCACCUGCAGCGCCUGGCGGGGAUCCUGCGGGACGUGAGGCGCCAGAACAGCGCCAAGGACGAGCAGCUCCGGGCGCUGCGGGACCGCGUGGGGCGCAUGGAGCGCGCCCUGCCCCUGCCCGCGGACGACGACGACCCCGACCCGUCCCCGUCCCCCCCCAGCCCGGCCGCCCCCUCCCCGUCGCCGCCGCCCUCGCCCCCCUCGCGGUUGUCGCUGCUCAUGCAACGGGACCCCGCGUUCCGGCGCGGCCGCCUCCGCUGGCUGCGGCAGGAGCAGGCGCGCCUCUGGGGGGCGCUACAACCGCCGGCGCUGCGGCCACGCCCCCUGCAGGACCCCGCCCGCCUGCGCUUCCCCUUUAAGAGCAACCCCCAGCACCGGGCCACGCCCCUCGCCGAGGACACGCCCACGGCCGCCGCGGACACGCCCCCUCCUCACGCCGAAGGGCGCCCCCUAAGCGGGAGGACUCCGCCGCGCAUCCGGCGGCAGCGCUCGGCGCCGGACCUCAAGUCGCGGGGCCCCCACGCUUAGAG